AUGAAAAGAUUGCAGCUCCUACGCUGGAGCGGUGCCGUUGUAUCGCCGCCAAUACGAUCCUGUCGCAGCACAUAUAUACGGCCCUUUCAGCAGAGGAAUGGGAGAUGGCUUUCCUCCGCAGCUGCUCCAGUAAUUCCAGACCAUGACCUCCCUCCUUUCUCACACAGCGGCCGAACUUCAGGCCCUCCGCUCGCAUCUGCGGAAGAGUUUAUCGCUUCUCCAAAGCUGUCCUCACUCCAUGCUCGACUUUCGUUACCAGAACGACUGCCGCUUCAGACGCUGGCUCGCACCCUAAUUGAUGCCUCCGCCGACUCCUCCACUCAAUUUAACAAUCAUUCUUUCUCCGUGCUUGGCAACGACCUUCUUUCCUACUACACCACCGAAUAUCUUAUCAGCCAAUACCCACGACUGCCUAUGUCGGUGCUAUGGACAGCAAUGUACGCAUACAUAGGGCCAAAGGCGUUGGCAGUUAUGGCCAAUGAAUGGGGUGUUGAGCAUGCCGCUGAGCCUGGCAGCGAGGUCGAUCCUGCUUAUCUCCAGUUCAGGAUAGCAGACCAGGAAACAAUAGAUAAGGAAAAAGAAGAAGUACCCGCAGGAAUAUCCCGCCUCCCUCUACCCGGCGAGACCUUCAGACGGGGACUCGGCUCGCUGUUUGUAAACGAUGUCGAAUUUUCUGAACGCCGUGACUCUGAUCAAAGCACCUAUGGAGACGUUAUCACACCAACACGAGCCUCUGCGAAUUUCGUCCGUGCCUUGAUGGGUGCUAUAUACCUCCACGGAGGACGACGUGCGGCAAAGUCCUUCUUCGAAGAACAUUUCAAGUCCCGUCAACUACCAAUUGCUGAUCUCUUCGGUUUCACGGAACCCACACGCGACCUCUCAAAACUAUGCAAGCGAGAAGGCUUCGAGGCACCGGUGGCUAAGGUUAUAAGCGAAACCGGUCGACUGAGCAGGCACCCAGUGUUCAUCGUCGGUAUCUUCUCUGGCAAGGAUAAGCUCGGCGAAGGAGCUGGUGCGAGCUUAAGUGAGGCCCGUGUCAGGGCCGCUGUUGCCGCCUUGAAGAGCUGGUACCUUUAUAGCCCUUUGAACGUCAGAGUACCCAGCUCAAUGGAAGAAGAAGGUGCAGAGCCUUGGAAACGAGCUCACAUCGAUCCAGGCGAGAUCAUUGUUUAA